CUGCGACAUAUUCCAUAUUCUGAAAUCUGUAACAUAAUCUUCUUCGAAUCACCACCAACUUGACUUCAACUUAACCCCAAGCAACUAAAGACAAUGAGUUCUUCUUCUUCCAGCACCCAUAACACCACCAAUAUGGAGACCCCUAGUAUUCCCACGACGGAAUUCCACCAACCCAUUGGGUUCGUAUGCUGCCAGUGCCAAUGGCGUAGCAGUGGUAGCCUUUGCUCAAACCCACACAAACCAGACUGUCCCCAUCGAACGACGCCCCGCUGCCAAAAUUGUCUCGUUAUAUUCACGGAUCCUAAAAAGGGGGCUAAUGAUGAGGAGAGCGGAGAGCGACGAGGCUCAUCGAGCUCUGACAGCUCGGAUACACGUGAUGGCCAUUAGGUAAACUGGGCCCUUGGAAGUAGAGCAGUAGAAGGUGCUCCAGACCUCCUACGCCCUUCCUUCAAGUACUAGCUAUGGCUAGAGCAUACAGAGGACCGUAGAUACGUCUCUGGAUGAGACAGGCAUCGUAGACUUUGCCGAAAUCCACAGGACACUCUGCUAAACAUAAGCUUGUGAGCUUACCUUAGAACACCGCGGCUGGUCCGUGGUCUAUAGAAAAGUAGAAAAGUAGCAAAAAAAUGGAGUAAAAUUACCCCCCGAAAUUUGACCAUAUUGAUCUGUCCUAGCACACGUGAAUCCAUAAAACGUAGAUAGACCGGUUUCCGUAUAAUCUCAGUUUAUUUCUUCCCCCUAUUCCAUGUAGGUCCAACUCCAUGGUGUACGGUAUCAAGGGAGAAGUAAACGCGCUACCUCGAAGACCAGCCAACGGGUUCCGUUGGGGGAAUCAGCAACGUCCGUGGCGUACACUUUUCAAUAGACGAAGAUAUUGCGUUGAGGACCGCCGUUAAGUAGUAGUAAUGUUACAUGUGGCGGUUUCCAAGCCCAGCUGGGUUGGACUGCUUUUCCAAU